CACACUCGCAUCUGGAGCGGAGGUGGAGGCGGGAGCGCGGGCGCGUCACCGAGCGCAUCCUUAAGGAGCGCGCAGACACAGAAGAAAACAUCCACAGCUCGGCCACCCAUUCAGCUGGAGGAUCGGCCUGGAGAAAUUCAUGGAAAUAAAAUAGAAAUUCAUUCCCCUUGCUUUUUAUUUUUUGUUUUCUGCUCACAGCCAAGCCACCGGACUUCAAAAUGGCUGAGAUGAAUAAUUUAAAACCGACCUAUGAUGUGUCCCCAGUACUUGCGGGUUUUCUGGGUGCGGGGGUCUUGGUCGUCUCUGUGACGGUGGCCGUAUUUCUUUGGACGUGCUGUCAGCGGCGAUAUCGUCAAAUGACAGGUGCGUACAAGCUGACUAGCGGCCCCUACGACCCACCCGUUGACCCUCCCUACAAGUUCAUCCACAUGCUCAAAGGCAUCAGCAUCUACCCCGAGAGCCUCAGUAACAGCAAGAAGAUCGUACGGGUGGGCCGGCGCUCAGGAUCAGGCUCCCUGUUUAGAGAAUGGGGUCGUGGGUCCCGAAAUGGCGAUGUGCUUCUUGUGGAUGCGGAUCCUGAAGGUGGUACCCCACACCUACAGAUGAACCACCUGGUACCGCCUGUGGGACCCCCCAGACUGGAGAGGGCGCUGCCCAUCCGGGCUGACUACUGCUGUAUGGAGAGCAGCUCAGGAAGCAGCAGCGAAGCUCCCAGUAAGACGGCGUCGCCCCACAGUCUCGACUCCCCCUCUCUGGGAACGCUCAGUUUGGCUGUUGACUACAACUUCCCCAAGAAGGCCCUCGUUGUGACCAUCGUAGGAGCACAGGGGCUCCCCGCAGUGGACGAGCAGGCGGGCAGCUCCGACCCCUAUGUGAAGAUGACCAUCCUGCCCGAGAAGAAGCACCGGGUGAAGACGCGUGUCCUGAGGAAGACUCUGGAGCCUGUGUUCGACGAGACGUUCACCUUCUACGGCAUCCCUUACAGCUCGCUGCCCGAGCUCUCGCUGCACUUCCUGGUGCUCAGCUUCGAUCGCUUUGCGCGGGAUGAUGUCAUCGGGGAGGCGGUGGUGCCGUUGGUGGGUGUGGAUCCCAGCACGGGACGGGCGCACAUCACCCAGCAAAUCAACAAGAGGAACACGCAGUGUGAAAGUCGUGGGGAGCUGCUGGUCUCUCUGUCCUACCACCCUGUUACUCACAGGCUUAACGUGGUAGUCCUUAAGGCCAAACACCUGCCAACCAUGGACAUCACUGGCCUGUCCGGCAACCCUUAUGUUAAAGUGAACGUCUUCUACGGCCGCAAGCGCAUAGCCAAGAAGAAGACACAUGUGAAGAAAUGCACACUCAGUCCCGUUUUCAAUGAAUCAUUUAUCUACGAUGUCCCCACUGAGCUAAUGCCGGACAUCUCUGUGGAGUUUCUGGUCAUCGAUUUUGACCGCACCACGAAGAAUGAGGUCGUGGGUCGCCUGGUUCUGGGUGGUCAGAGCCCAAUUCCAUCAGGGGUGACUCACUGGAGGGAAGUCUGUGACAACCCAAGGCGGCAGAUCGCCAAGUGGCAUAACCUUAUAGAGUACUAGUGUCUGGCUAACACAUGGGGAAAGCAAAAUCUAUUAUACCACUUCCUUCCUGUCAGCCCCUCUAUAGACGAAGCCCAUUUAACAGUCUCUUCUUUUCCCAGUACAGAUAACUGUAUGAGAGGAUAAGUAUGUGUCAGGACGUAAGACCAAGAAAAGACACUUAGAAAGCUCUCUAAUGAACUCGUAGGAAAAAAUAAAAAAGACUCAUACGUCAUAGCAAAAUAACAAAGGAAAAAAGCAAAAAUGACUAGGUCUGUCUGGUUUUUGGCUCUGACUAAAUAACGCUAAAGUCAAUUAUAAGAGAAUUAUACCCAUAUGAGAGUAGUAUCCUCAGAGCCUUUUAUCAGUAUACUGGCAUAGUCAGACUAUUCAAACACUACUUUCAAUUAGCCGCAUGCUAGAGCUAGCGAGGGACUUUUAUUUUUAGGAAGAGGGUUGGAUGAAAAAGUGAGUUUUAAAGUCAAAUUUUUAAGAAAAUAAUGGGGUGAAUGUUUUGAUAGUGAAUGGAUGAAAAGUGAUCUAAUCUGGACACCACCAUGAGCGUUUUUGCUAACAUGCUAAUAUUUAACACAGAAGACAAGGCUGAAAUAUGGCUAUUAUUCAUAUCCAGCUUAAAAGAAAUGCAUAAUCUUUUAAUGACACUGAACUUGAGAUGGAAAUUCUCUGGAGAAAAUAAAACUCCAGAUGCCAGUUAAACAAAACCUGAUUUUAAGGCAGUUUUCAGCCAACCGCCAAAUUGGAAGUAAAGACUGUCAGCUCAGGAUUAAAAAUGAAUUUGAUUUAUGAAAAAAAUUCUGAUAUUCCAUAUAAUAAAGACAGUUUACACUUCACCCCAUUUUUAUGCUGUAGCUGCUUUAUUUAUUUGUAGCUGUACUUAUACAUUAUUGUUAAUUUAUCUGUCUUAAUGACUUGGACAAAGCACUUCUAUGAGCUGUGUUUUGGCAUAUCUCAACAUAUCUGCUAUUCACUGAUUUAAAUUAUAUUUUUUUCUUUAGGCAUAUCUAUGCACAUUUCCAUUGUACUGCAAAUGAUGUUUUGACCCUGUUGCUGUGCUGUACCACAGCAUAGAGAUCAGGGGAGGUUUGAUCAGGGGAAACACCGAUAAAACAACAGUUAAAAGCCAAAUGUGACAGAUAUAUUGACAGAUUAGUAUAUUUACAUAUUGUCAAAUUUGUACAUUUCACAUGUACUGUACCAAACAUCAAAGUUUCUAUUGCCAUCAAACGUGUUUUUGGCCAGACGUAAUUCUUUAGGCCAUACAACUAAUUCUUAUCGUCUUAACAUCUUUGGUCACAAUGUACAUAAUGUAUCAUAAGGCGUAACACUGGAAGUCUUCAGUUUCUUUUUUUCAUAGUACAAUUGAAUAUCGCCAAAUAUACAGUUGAACCUUUGACUUACAAAUGGUGUCAUGGAAAUAACAGAACAAAAGUUAGCCACCCCAGCUUAUUUACUUCAAUAAGUUUGGCUCUAAGCCAGUCUAUUCUCUAUUUUAUGGAUUAUAGCUGAGAUAUAUGCAUAUUCAGACCAAUUUUUGCACUUUCGUAGAUUACUGUAUUUAUUUUUAUGAUUUGUGUUCAAAAGAAAGAAAAUAAAUAUAUAUAUGUAUAUCAAAACCCUAAUAACUAUCAUAGGACUAAUAACUGACCAUAUCAAAGUUAGGAUUUGGCAUGAGCCAGUAACCAUUAGUCAGCGACAGCUGGCGAAAACUAACCAAAGUAGAUGGACCAACGUUUUGUGGUGUGUUGGUGACCAUGAUGAAGCAGCUCACACUGCAGCUUUACACAGGCUUUGAGUCAAUGUUUGAAGGCUUGCAAUGUGUGUGUGGAUGUGUUCCCAUUGAUGUCAUUUGGUGCCCACAGCCCCUGAGGCAGAUUACAUGCUGUAUUCCCAGUGCGAAUGAGCACAUAUUUAGUUAAUAAGGCAGAAAGUGGGAGGGUGAGAGAAGGGAAAAAGAUAUCAGCUGGUUCAUUAGAGAUACUUCAUAUUUAACAUGUGAAAUUAAUAUAGCGGUAAAUUAAGCCCCAGGGUUCUCUCCAUGAUAUCUGCAGUCAAGCUCAUUGUGAGUCAUUAAGGCCACAUAAUGAGAUUAACCACUGUUUAUUAGCAAAAACGAAUCACAUUCCAAUCACAUUUCCAAGAAAAUGAAGAAACCCAUCGUCUUGUGAUUUCACUCUAUACAUUUUCAACAGAAAAGUGAACUCUUCCACCCUCUAUAAUGUUUUUAACCCUGCAUGCAAUGACUAUUCAAACUUCUGCUAUAAAACUGGUGUAUAUAUUACAGUUUUUAGUGGUUUAUAUGACAGCAAAACCCACUUUUGUAAAGACAGCAACCCAAGCUACACAAUGCAGCCUAUGUGAAAUAAUACAUGCGUGUUUUUCUUUAUUUUAACCCUCAGCUCCUUGUGUUACCUGGAACUUUUUUGGAUCUUUCGGGCAUACAAGCUUGAUUUACAUCAAUAACUAUAGACAUAAAGAUGAAUAUAACCAAUUGUAAAUGAGUGUUUGUUCCAAUGCACUGGUGGGCAGUAGCACUUUCUGCUCUUCUUGUAUCUAACUGUUUUACAUGGAAUGGAAAUGGUUUCUUUAUGUGUAAACCUCCUCUUUUGGAGUGCUAUCUGCCCCUUUUUUCUCUCUCUGCCACUGGUCCCUAAAUAUCCUUCGUUUUUUUUGCUGUUGUGUGUUGUACAGAAACAUUGAAAGCUGAACAAAGACAAAAAUGAGCUGAGAAGAAAAUUUCUGUAAUAAAUAUAUAUUAGUCCAUUUGGAUGCCGCAAUGUUGAUAUGGUUAAGGUGGAAUGAACUUAGUGAUUCAGCUUUAUUUUAGGUGUCCCCCUAAAACCACUGUACCUAGAUGAUAAACAGUGUUAGUUCACCACAACUGUAGUGUGAUCCAUGAUGUUCCCUGGCCUUUUCAAUAUUUGUAAGUACAAGCAAGUUGUCUAUGUAUAAUAUAAGUACAGUGAAUAUCAUGUACUUUACAUACCCAGCUUAAUACUGCUCAUUUCACUACAUGAACUUCAGGGACAUCUAACAUAAAGUGUGAGAUGUAAUGCUUUUGAGGGCAAGUUAUCUGCAUACUGCUGUGAGUUUAUGCUAAAUACAGUAUGUUACACUAAUGCUGCCUUGUACUGUAUGUUGAAGUUGUUAACACAAUGGACGUGCAAAUAAAAUAAAAACUCAUACACUA